AUGAAAAUUAAAGACAAUAUUCUUUACGGAAAUCAAGACAUAGUCAUACCUUCUCAUAUGAAUUAUGGAAAAUUUAUUUUGGACAAGUUUCGACGAUUCAAAGACAAAAUUGCUUUGAUUGAUGGCGUUACUGAGGAGAAGAUUACAUACGAAGAUAUGGCUCAACAGAUAUUGGAUGUAGCACAAUCACUUAAUAGACUUGGUGUGAAAAAAGGGGAAGUUGUAGCUAUUUAUAGUGAGAACCGAAUUGAAUUCAUAGUGACAAUCUAUGCUAUUAUUUACAUAGGAGCAAUUGUAACUUUUAUUAACAAUGGUUAUAGCAAAGAUGAAAUUCUACACACAACGAACAUAUCUAAACCGAGGUACGUGUUUUUUUCUCCAAGCACCUAUGUGAAAGGUCGGGACAUAUUCAAAAAUCUGAACUGUAUUUCCAAAUUCUUUAUUUUUGACGGUGAAAUGGAAAAAGACACGAUAAGUUUUAAGGAACUUGUAGGAUCCAAAGUUGAUGCAGAAACUAGCACACCUGAAGUAGUCGAUGGCAACGUGCAUACAGCUAUAAUAACAUAUUCGUCGGGAACAACAGGAUUACCAAAAGGUGUAAAGUGGACACAUCUUAAUAUGAUAGUUUCUGCUUCACAACCCAUACCAUCAGAGCGGGAUUUAAUAUAUCUAACUGUAGCCCCGUGGUCCAACACAGUCGGGUACAUUAACACAAGAGCGAUUCUUGUAUAUGGAAGAACUAUAGUAUUUAUGUCAAGAUUCAACGAACGCUUGUAUCUUCAGUGCAUCGAAAAAUUUAAAGUGAACUACUUGAUGGCAGUGCCUACCUUGGUAGUGAUCUUGAGCAAAUCGACUAUUUUAAAAGAUUUCGAUGUCAAUUCUGUUGAGAUAAUUUACUCUGGUGGUGCACCUCUUGAUCCAAAAGUAGUAGAUGAAGGCAAACAUAGAUUUACAAAUCUAAAAUGGGUAUUGCAAGGUUACGGAAUGACAGAAGCGUCAGGAAAAAUAUCGGAAGAGGAUGAAGAAUUUAAUAAGCUUGGCAGUGUCGGCAGAGUACAGUCUGGACUUAUUUUAAAGAUAGUAGAUGUAGAAACUCGAAAAAUUCUAAGUCCUAACCAGCAAGGCGAAAUAUGCUUGAAAGGACCAGCUUUAUUUGGUGGAUACAUUGGGAAAAAAUCAACUGAAGACUACGACGACGAAGGAUAUUACAAAAGUGGAGACGUUGGUUACUAUGAUGAGAAAGGUUUUUUAUUUAUAGUCGAUAGAAUGAAGGAACUUAUUAAAUACAAAACCUGGCAAGUCUCACCAUCAGAGCUGGAAGCAAUAUUACUCCAACAUCCAGCAGUUAAAGACGCAGGAGUAAUAGGAAUACCAGACACACUUACUGGCGAAAUUCCUACAGCUUUUAUCGUCAAGCAAGUAGGUGCUAGCGUUAUGGAAAAUGAUGUUGUAGAAUUCGUAAAAUCUAAGGUAUCACCAUGGAAACAACUACGAGGGGGAGUAAGAUUCGUUCAAGAAAUACCAAAGAAUCCAAGCGGUAAAAUUAUGCGGAGAAAACUAAGAGAAUUGUUUGAUAAAACUCCGAAUAGCAAGCUUUAGAGAAGAUUAAAAAUAGAAAAGUCGAAGACCGCUAAUGUGUCCAACGAAAAUCAAUUACAUAAAAAGC